UCUAAUCUUAUCACCGGAACCGGGUAGAUCCGUAUAUAUACUCCCAGGCACCGCUGUUGUACUCUUGACCAUCACUCCCCGUUGUCAUUCUUCGAUUCCCUUCUUCUCCAACAUUUGUUCUCUCCCCCUUCUCCUGCGACACCGUCUUUCAUUUCUAUUCGCCACUUGUCGCUUUCCACACACACACCCGGUGAGCGAGCCGCAGCGCGAGGAUGGGUAACUGCGCGUCUCAGUCAGACAAGGAAGAGAAGGCACGCUCGGAUCUGAUAGACAAGCAGCUGGAGGAUGACAGUAAGAAAUUUAAAAAGGAGUGUAAGAUAUUGUUAUUGGGAUCUGGAGAGUCGGGCAAGUCGACGAUUGUAAAGCAGAUGAAGAUUAUCCAUCAAGGCGGUUUUACCCCUCAGGAAUUGGAUUCGUAUCGUGGAACGGUGUAUAAAAAUGUGCUAGAGUCGGCGCAGGGCAUCGUUCAGGCUAUGAGGAAAAUCGGGAUCGAUUGUCAUAAUUAUUCAAAUCGAGUGCUCGCAGAGACCAUUCUUGACUACCGACUGGACGAAACGACUGCAUUCACCCUCUCGUCCGAGAUAGCAGACGCCAUUCAUCAACUAUGGCAAGAUCCCGUCAUUUCUACCAUGAUGGAAGAACAUUCAACCGAGUUUUACCUCAUGGACAGCGCCUCAUACUUCUUCACCGAAGUCCUUCGCAUCGGUGCGCCAGGGUAUAGGCCUACCGAGACUGAUGUCCUUCGUGCACGGGCGAAGACUACGGGCAUCACAGAAACACGGUUCAACAUGGGCCAGCUCCAAAUACACAUGUUCGAUGUCGGCGGUCAACGUUCGGAGCGGAGAAAGUGGAUACAUUGCUUUGAGAGCGUGACAUCCAUAAUUUUCUGUACGGCGCUGAGCGAGUACGAUCAGGUGCUGCUGGAAGAGCGGAAUCAGAACCGGAUGGCCGAAUCUCUAGUCCUUUUCGAGUCGGUUAUCAAUUCGCGCUGGUUUCUCCGGACGUCUAUCAUUCUCUUUUUGAAUAAGAUUGAUGUUUUCAAGAUGAAGGUGUCGAGGGUGCCCCUUGAUCGAUAUUUCCCCGAGUAUACUGGCGGGAAUGAUGUCAACAAGGCGGCCAAGUACAUUCUGUGGCGGUUCAUGCAAGCGAACCGAGCGAGACUCAGCGUGUACCCCCAUCUGACGCAAGCGACCGAUACUACGAACGUACGGUUGGUGUUUGCCGCAGUGAAGGAGACGAUACUACAGAACGCCCUCAAGGACUCUGGUAUUCUGUAGAGUGGCGGGAGAUUUUCUCUUUUUUUAAUUUUCAUUUUCAUUUUACUCGAUUUGUCCUUGUAUCUGUUGUGCUCAUUGCAUGUCCAUCACCUGCUAAUCGUGUCCCCUAUCCAUCCCACGUAUACUAUAUCGGUCGCUAUCCUUACUCUCCCACCACCACCACAUCUUUUUUUAAAAGGACCCGUCCAUAAUUUAGGACCAUUUUUUUAUAUCUAUAUCAUGUCUACCGCAAUUUGUAUAGUAGUUCUUUUGCAUAUGGAUUGAAUGUUGUGUGUGUACAUAGACACAUCAUGAUAAGAUAACUCUCUGAAUGUGUGCUUGGGA